CCAUUUGUUUUUGCAACUCUACACCUGGGGAGUUGGAGCCUCUUUUACCUGCUGUCUGAAGAGAGCUUUAGCAUAUAAAUAGCCGUCAGUUUCUGUUGCUACACUGGUUUUUCAAAAUGAGUAAUGGAGGAAAAGACCAAAAGGACAAAAAGAAGCCAGAAACAGACUCAGGGGAUGAGAAAGGGGGUCUUGAUUGGCUUCUUGAAAACUCCAACUCAGAGACUAGUCCUGUGCCGAUGGACAGCAAUGUUUUACUAUCAAGACCUAAGGCCCCUUCUGACAACAUCUUUGGUACGGCGUUCACAAGGGACAAAGUAUUCAAAGCAGCAUCUCAGGGGGACGCUGCACAGCUUAUCGGCCUGCUUGACUACCUGCAAGUUAAUGAUAAGCGACUUACCAGCCCAGACUUUGUAGAUAAAUCAAAUGGAAAAACAGCACUCUUGAAAGCUUUGCUGAACCUGAAAGAUGGGAAAAAUAACACCAUUGAAGUCCUGAUUGACGUAGCAGACAAGACCCAGGAACUAAAAGGUUUAAUCAACGCAGCGUAUACAGACAAUAGUUAUAAGGGUCAGACAGCCUUGCAUAUUGCCAUUGAAAGAAGGAGCUUUGAUUACGUAAAGCUGUUAGUCCAGAGAGGAGCGGAUGUCCAAGCAAAAGCCAAUGGAAAAUUUUUUCAGCGUAACACUAGGCUUGGAUUUUAUUUUGGUGAGCUGCCUUUGUCCUUGGCUGCCUGCACCAAUCAGCCAGAAAUAGUUUCAUUUCUCAUGGAAAACCCUUAUAGGAGAGCCGAUCCGACUGAUAAAGACUCACAAGGAAACACUGUUUUGCACACUCUGGUGGUGAUAGCAGAUGACACAACAGAAAACACAGAACUUGUUGCAAACAUGUAUGACAAAAUCCUUGUUCAGCACUACAAGCUCAACAAAGACAGCAACGUCCAGCUGGAAUUGAUUGAGAACAACAAAGGUCUCACACCGCUGAAACUAGCUGCCAAACUCGGAAAGAUUGGGCUUUUUAAGCACAUAUUAAACAGAGAAUUUAUGGAUGAGGAAAGACGGCCACUGUCCAGAAAGUUCACAGAAUGGGUCUAUGGACCUGUUCACUCUUCUCUUUAUGACAUGAGUUCCAUCGACACCAAUGAAAAAAACUCUGUGCUGGAGAUUAUCAUCUUUGGGAGCAAAGUUCCUAAACGCACAGAAAUGCUGAGGAUCGAACCUCUACGCAGUCUUCUUCAGGAUAAAUGGAAUAGAUUUGCUUCCAAGUUAUUUUUGAUGAACUUCAUAUUUUAUUCAAUGUAUCUGGCCAUUUUCACCACAGUGGCCUUCUACAGAAAAGACGGAAAGCCACCCUUCCCAGUGGAAAACAACCCAGUUGACCACCUCCGUUGUAUUGGUGAGCUCAUCAGUGUCCUUGGAGCAGUAAGGUUUCUCUAUAAAACUAUAACUAUUUUCAAGAGGAACCCUCCAAGAAUAAGGGCUCUCUUUACUGAUGGAUACAGUGAAUUUCUAUUUUUCCUGCAGGCAAUCCUCCUUCUGGUCUGUGCAAUCUUGUACUGCUGUGGACGGAGGGAAUACGUUGGACUCCUUGUACUGUCUUUAGCUCUUGCCUGGAUUAAUGUUUUGUAUUACACAAGGGGUUCGAAGCAGCUGGGGAUCUACAACGUCAUGAUGCAAAGGAUGAUCCUGGGUGACCUUCUACACUUUUUAUGCGUCUACAUUGUCCUGCUCUUUGGAUUUUCUGCCGCUGUUUGUACCCUGAUUGAUGACUCAACUGAACAAAGCAAUGGAACAUUUCCCAGAGGAAGGACCUUCAAUGUUGAAACAAGCACAUGCGAGAAACCGACUUAUAAUGAUAUCCGCUUUACCACACUGGAACUGUUCAAAUUCACAAUUGGAAUGGGGGAUCUAGAAUUCACUGACCACGUUCAGUACAAAGAAGUUUUCUACAUCCUUCUCAUCUGCUAUAUCGUCCUCACUUAUAUUCUGAUGCUAAACAUGCUCAUCGCUCUGAUGGGCAACACAGUGGAGAGAACUUCAGAACAAAGUGAACCCAUCUGGAACCUGCAGAGAGCUUUUACCAUUUUGGAGAUGGAGAGGACUCUGCCACGGUGGCUGAGGUCAAAGCUGCACUCCAGAGAUUCAGACAUGGUGUGCUUCAAAAGCGACGAGGGCAAGUCUCGUAGAUUUGUCAGAGUGACUGUAAUGAACUGGAAAAAAUGGCGAUCAGAUCUUGGCGUUGAGCUCAAAGAGGACCCUGCAAACGUAGAGAGGGAUGAGGAAAGUUCUGGAAAUCCAUGGAACCUAAAUGUGCUGCUCCGUAAUAUUCGAUCCAGACGACAUCGACAGCAGGAAAACUAUAUUCUCUAGCUAAAAAUAUUAGGAAUAUUCAAAUCUUAAAACUGUGAUUUUUUUUUUCACAUUAUAAGAGAACAGGUUAUGAUCACAUCCUCUGUUCAGGUGCCUUUGUAUGAGUUUAUUUCAACACAUCUACCUCUAACUGUCAAGGAGGUCAUAUUACCUGGUUUGGAUCAUUUAAACUAGAACCUAAUUCAAUUCAAUUCAGUUCAUUUAUAUAGUGCCAAUUUGAAACACAUGUCCUCUCAAGUUACUUUAUAGUUCACCAGAUCAUACAGUCAAAAGCCUACCUCUUCAGAUUUAAGCAUAGAAGUAAGACGUGGCAUUAUGUGUAUGUUUGUAGUCAUCUCAGCUGGAAACCACUGAUCAGGCCUGAAGUCUGGGUGUGCUGAUGAAUUCAGACAUGAUCCUUUAGAGUGAUCAUCACCUGGAGAACAUUUCAAGGAUCAAAGGACUAAUAUCUCAGAGGGACCAUUUUCUUAUUCACAUACUGUAUUAUUCUUAUGAUCAGAUUUAAUUUUAAUCAGUCUUUCUCCAUAGCUAAAACCAAAUGUUUAACAUUAUUAGAGCUUUUUAUAUGAAUUGAAUUGCUGGUAAAGAUUGUAAAGGAAGGAGAAACAUCUUUGUCAAGUAUGGUGCAGGUUUGACGGGACCCAAAUGCAGACACUGAAGCUGAAGGUGGUUACUUGCAGAUUUAAUUAACCAGGGCAACAGAAGCAG